CGAAAAAGACAUCCGAUCUAACACUCUCCAGUUCUUUUUAGUUUGGUCUGUCGGUCUCUCUCUCUCUCUCUCUCUCUCUCAAUAUUCGUUUCCCCUUCAACUGAAGCUCCACAUUCUCUCCGGGUGUAUACUGGGAGAAAAUUACGGAGAUGAUGAAGAUUUCCAUCUGGAUCAUUCUUGCUCUUGCUUUGGUUAAUUUAGCACUUGUUGUGAACGGAGAUGAAUCGGAGAAGACAAUAGUGAAGACUGUGAAAGGAAAGAAAUUGUGUAAAAGAGGAUGGGAGUGCUUAGACUGGUCCGAGUACUGUUGUAAUCAAACAAUUUCUGAUUUCUUCCAGCCUUACCAGUUUGAGAACCUGUUUUCGAAUAGGAAUUCUCCUGUGGCACACGCUGUUGGAUUCUGGGAUUACCGGUCAUUCAUUCUUGCUUCCACCAGUUUUCAGCAUCUUGGGUUUUGUACCACCGGUGGCAAGGCUACGCAGAUGAAGGAGCUUGCUGCUUUCCUUGCUCACGUUGGCUGCAAAACCUCCUGUGGUUAUGGAGUCGCUACUGGAGGACCAUUGGCCUGGGGUCUUUGCUACAACAAGGAAAUGAGUCCUAGCCAGUCAUACUGUGAUGAUUUUUACAAAUACACCUAUCCUUGUACUCCUGGAGCUGAAUACUAUGGCCGAGGUGCCAUACCAAUCUUCUGGAACUAUAACUAUGGAGCUGCUGGAGAAGCUCUGAAGGAGGAUUUGUUGAACCAUCCUGAGUACAUAGAACAGAAUGCCACCCUUGCCUUCAAGGCUGCAAUGUGGAGGUGGGUGACCCCGAUAAAGAAAUCACAGCCUUCAGCCCAUGAAGCCUUUCUUGGCAAAUGGAAGCCCACCAAGAAUGAUACCCUUGCUAAGCGGGUUCCUGGUUUUGGCACGACAAUGAAUGUUCUCUAUGGGGAUCAAGUUUGCGGCCAGGGUGAUAUAGAUGCCAUGAACAACUUCAUCUCCCAUUAUCUAUAUUACCUUGACUUGCUGGGUUUGAAUAGAGAGGAUGCUGGGCCCCAUGAAUACCUAACCUGUGCCGAGCAGGUUGCAUUUAAUCCAUCUACUUCCAGUCCUUCAGCAUCCUCCUGAGCUCUUCAUUCAUGCGUGUUCAAGGCAGCCCCAUUGAAAUUAUCAUACCGAUGCUCGUAAAUAAAGAGUGGGAAAUUACGCAUGCAAGAUUAUUUAUUUUGAGCUUUAGUCUGUUUGGGAAGCUCACUUAUCUGGACAACUAUACCAUAUGGAUGGAUUGUAUGUUUCUGUAGAUUUUAAGAUUCGUCGUGUCUAAAUUCCUUGUUGUGUCCGGUAUGCAACAUGUACUGUAUCUACCAUUUUGUUAUUCAGUGUUCUUUCGCAGGUGUACUUAAGUUUGGAACCAUGUGCUUUGUUUCACACAAGUUAUCCUUUGUCCAACUUUUUUUUUCUUG